UAAACAAGAAGAAGCAGUCGAACUACGUUAGUGAUGUGCAUUCCAGUUCUUUUAGGUGAAAUGAAUCUUUAGAAUUAGGCUGAAGAGGGGCGAGAGGGGGGGCGUCCGGGCCAGGGUGGCGGCCAACCCAGCUCGCCCGGCCGUGCCUUCCUUUCUUCUGGCGAACGUUCGAUCGCUGGGCAUCAACAUGCCUGCUGAGAUCUACGAACUGGACAGUGCGUAACUGCUGUGCAUCUGGAGCGGCUAGCGUGCUAUCGGGCGGACCGGGCCAUUGUACGAGGGGGAACAUCGCGAGGAGGUGGAAUGCGCGAAUGGUGCCGGGACUCUGUGGUGGGAUGCAAGCACUGCUCGCCUCUGGCGAAGUUUGUUAUCUCCAGGCUUUUGGGGUCCUGAACUCUCUCCCCCGUUGUUUACUUGUAUGUUACUCGUGUACUGUCUCGUCACCGUGGGAUGGAGGAAACGUCAUUUCGAUUUCCUCGUGUGUCUUGGCAUGAAGGAAUUGACAAUAAAGCUGACUCCGACUCUGACUAUGUGACGACAGGCUAAUUAACCAGAUGGGACCGGCUCGUUUCUGAGAAACAAACUCAGUGCUCCCACUAAUUCAACGUAAUGGACGGUUCCAGAACCACUGACGACGGCGUGUCCGAAGGAGCAUCUGAGUCUGUGGUCGUCGUCCAGUCAAAGACUCUGUUUGGUUCGCAGUUUCAACGUCCCUCUGAUCGGAGACAAGACACCACACCAUGGCGGCGUUUGGUAUUGCUCACCACACCAUCGUGGCGUUUGUUUGUUCAGGUACGCUGGAGCUCCAUUCUCUUGGUCAUGCUUUUCAUCCAAAGCAUCGUCGUCUUCCACUUGAACAGGCCUCAGGACAUCGGCAAAAAGUUGGGCGCGCUGGUGGCGACUUUGCCCAACAGCAUCCCGGACCGCAACUGCACCGACUUAGCCUGCCACUGGGUGGCGCUGCAGACCGCGUUAGCACAGCUGUAUGCAAGUUACACCGCGAUUGCCAACGACCUGGAGAAGCGUCAGACCGCAUUCGCAAGGCUGAUGGCAGGUCAGGAGGCAGGUCUGACGGCAUUGGCGGAGCUGAAGGCAAGUCAGGAGGCAGCUCAGAAGGCAUUGGCAGAGCUGAAGGCAGGUCACGAGGCAGGUCAGACAGCAUUGGCAGAGCUGAAGGCAGGUCACGAGGCAGGUCAGACGGCAUUGGCAGAGCUGAAGGCAGGUCACGGCGCGAUUUCCAGCGACCUGGAGAAGAGUCUGACCGCAUUGGCAGAGCUGAAGGCAAGUCACAACGCGGGUCAGAGCCUGUUGGCCAAAGUCUGGCAGGAGAUUAGCAGCGACAAAGGGCUUCUGAUUCAGAGACUGAAAGACCUGAAGACGGACUACAAGAGCAUGUCUCGGGCGCUGUCACAAGAGAACAAGGACUUAAUUUCUGCUUUGUCCAGCCUGCGGCAGAAGGUGGUGGAUCAGCCCACACUUAACAGGGCACUCCAUGGUCUCAUCCCCAGAGACUGCAGUGACAUCAUGGCGGCGGGAAAGUCCCAAAGUGGAGUCUAUACCAUCUUUAGGGGGUCCAACAGCUUCGAGGCUUACUGCAACAUGUGGCAGGGCGGGGGAGGCUGGACCGUGAUCCAGAGGAGAAAGGACGGCACCGUCGGCUUCUCUCGGGGUUGGAACGACUAUCGAAAGGGCUUUGGACGCCUCACCGGAGAGCACUGGCUCGGCCUGCAAAACAUCCACGCUCUGACGGCCUCGGGCGCUUACCAGUUGCGGAUCGACUUCACCGCAUUCGACGGCGUCAAAUACUACGCUCUGUACAACGAGUUCGCGGUGGGCUGGAACUCAAUGGACCCCGACAAGGACGGCUACCCGCUGUAUGUGAGCGGCUACUCUGGAAACGCAGGCGAUGGUUUGACCCCGCAUUCUGGGGAGAAGUUCACCACCAACGACCGCGACCAAGACAAGUGGGAUAAUGGCAAUUGCGCCACCAGGUGGGAUGGCGCUUGGUGGUACGAGUACUGUCACUGGUCCAACCUGAACGGGCUGUACAAGGCAACCGGCACCUGCAACGGUCACAAUGUAGUCUGGAAUGGUUUGGGGCCAUCAAAGCAUACCUGCCUGAGAUUCGUGGAGAUGAAGAUCCGGCCCAGAAAGUGAGCGGUCGGCCGGCGGAGCCUGGGAACGGCAUCCCCGUGGGAUCACGUGGGUGCUGCCCGACAUCCGCCAUCUUACUUGAUGAGCGCUACGCAAAUGUGUGUCGGAUUUGGCCCGGGCAAAUUGGCUCAAGCGCAAUUCCGAAUCUCACCAGGAGUGACAAACGCUCAAUUGGAAGAUAGUUCCUCAAAACCAACUCUUAUUAAAAGGGCAGUUUGGCGCUGUUGCAGUUCCAAAUUUCACCAGCAGACGGUGCCAGAUUUAGACUGACGUGACAUGGUAAAUCCGUCGUUAGAUUAGUCCAGUGCUUCUCAAUUAUUUUCUGUUACGCCCCCCCCCUAGCAAGAAGAAAACUAUUCGCGCCCCCCCUCCCCACCGUGACUAUCCUAACUUGUCUUGUAAGUCGUAAAAUGUUGCACUGUCGCAAACGUGACAGAAGUAACAAUGAGAGCGCCACUGCCCCCUGCUGUAGUAAACGCGCAAUUACACUUUAUUCUAGUACUGCCAAAAAAAAAGCCUGUUCCCCAGGGUCACACGCGCCCCCCCAGGGGCGCGCCCCACUAUUUGAGAAGCACUGGCCUAGGUGACUGAUUACAAUUUGGUUUUGUCUGAUAUCAGAGAUUAAAUAAAGAAAACCAACUGGC